CUACGGCAUAUACAUCAGUAUCAAGCACAGACGUUAUGUCUUCGACAUUGCCGUCUAUAAAGAUGUCGACCUCUGACAGUUCAUCACAAUCACUCUCUGUCCUAUCGACAGAAAUAACAUCUUCAAUAACAGAGGCCAGUGCGCAAACCUUACUGGCGUCUUCAGUACCUUCAUCAAUGACAUCUUCAGAAUUGAACACUGUUGUAUCGACCGAAUCUCUAACACCUUCAGUGUUCGCUAGCAAAACAGUGAGCUCAACAUUAUUCAAUAUCGCGUCGGACUCAGAGCGGACUUUAAUGCUUUCAAGUGUGAGUCAAAGCCAAUCAAUUUCAUCGUUGAUUCCUACGAUGUCAAUAGCAACGAUGGAUACAACAGAGAUAUCCCACACUUCCAUAUCUCUGUUUUCGACACCAAUGUCAACAUCAAUGAUGUCAUCAUCGGUUACAGUUCCGUUAAAAUUGUGUCGUGCGCCAUCUUUCGACAACGGCCAUUUCACUGGUUCGACGGAAGUGAAUGAGGUGGUGACCUUCACAUGCAAUGAAGGAUACAGGCUUGUUGGUAACGGAAGUGCAACAUGUCUGGAAAAUCGCACGUGGACAGAAUUACCUCAGUGCAUCAAAGAAUGCGGAAACUUAACCGCUCCCCGAAACGGUUCCGUGAAGUACGAAUGCACGAACGAGGGCUGUGUUGCCCAAUACGCAUGCGCGACCGGAUAUGAACUCAGCGGACAAGCGUCCCGCACAUGUACAAGCAUCGGAUGGAGUCCAGGCGAGCCCACCUGCAACCCAACAGGUGAGAUACACGGCACCAAUGUAACCAUCCAGCUUCAGUCAGGUCCGCCCGACGACUCCAUAGGGCGUGUGCAGUAUCAACAAGACGUAUAUGAUCAGCUUACGAAAUACUACAAGGAGAACAUCGGAGAUUAUUUCCGCCAGAUCGUCAUCGUUUCUAUCAGUCCAGACGGUAUCGUAGACUAUUCCAUAUUUUACGACAACUUAGACACCGCCCACUCCGUGUUUUCGAAAUCCCAGUCGGCGUUCUUCAAGGGGGUUCCGCUCACUAUACUCAACGAAACAAUACCGGUCAUCAAAAUAACCCUUGCUGGAACCACGUAUGAGGUCAAUGCCACCAUAGAUCAAGCGGAACUGAUGUGUGACAUGUACAAGCACCUGCGCGGUAAUUGCUCGGCAGACGACACUUGUUCCACAGACUUAGGGCGUCCGGUUUGCGAGCCUGCUCGUACUAAAGACAACUUCUGGUGGAUUGCUCUGCUCGGCGCGGGAAUUCCCCUUCUGGUUCUCGGCGCAAUACUCGGGAUAUUCUGCUGCUGUUGGCUGUGUCCCUGCUGCAGACGUCGACGAAAACGCGAAGAAGAGCCGGAACCUGAAUGGCUUCCGUACUAUGGUCUGCCGAGAUAUGUGGGUAUCGGUCGCCGCAUCACUCACGUACCCUGGGGCGCCCCAACGUACGGAACCUAUCAAGAUAUCUCGGAAGGACCCGAACCCGCGUCCUUUGUGGUAGAACCGGACCCUGACCAAGAUGACCCGAGCUUUCGCUUACCCCGCCUCGUUCUUCAGCCGUCGCACUAUCCCCCACGAGUAACAUCACUUACCACAAGCAUCGACGACGGAGACAGCGAACCGCCCUUCCGGUACCCGGACAACUUGUUCCGGUCGCCAGCCGACACCAUUGAGGACGCUGACUCAGACAUUACUCUCCAUAGGGCGCGAUUCGGUGCCGUGUUGACUUACCUUGACACGGGGUUUCCCACAGGAAGAAUUCCGCUGAGAUUCAACACUACGAGACGCUCAGCGCCCUCUUACGGAUCUAACAUCUCGUACAAUCGAGAUAUAGACGAAGCUUGAGUUAUAAUGCCUCUCGGUUUUUUACUUAUAAUGUCACCCGGUGUUUCCUGAACUUGAAAUUAGCAUAACAUGCGCGUUUUUACUAGCUUCAUGCAUAGUUUUUAUACAUCGUUUUCUUUACGUCUCAAGUUUUCACUUACAAUGGGAUUUGUGUUGGAUCAUAAUUACCCAUUGGAAUCGCUGUUUGGCGCAUACAUGUAUACAUACAACCUGAUUGUUAUGCGCAAUAAAAUGAUGUUACUUGUUAA